AACUUAAAAGGGAGCUUUAAAAGGAAAAUAGAACUUCUCCGGACUGAAGAGGACAACUUCCUAAGAAAAAACAAAAUGUCUCCUAAAUCGAAAAAGCUUUUUAACAUAAUUAUGUUAGGAGUUGCUUUUAUGUUUAUGUUUACUGCCUUCCAAACGUGUGGAAAUGUUGCGCAAACUGUUAUCACAAAUUUAAACAACACAAAUUUUCAUGGCAGUGGCUAUACCAGCAUGGCCAUUAUUUAUGGGGUGUUCUCUGCAUCAAAUCUUAUUUCACCUUCAGUGGUUGCUGUAGUGGGACCUCAGUUAUCCAUGUUUGUUAGCGGUCUAUUUUACAGCAUAUACAUUGCGGUUUUUAUCCAGCCUUUCACAUGGUCCUUCUACACUGCUUCUGUUUUCAUUGGGAUAGCAGCUGCUGUACUUUGGACUGCACAGGGAAAUUGCCUGACGAUAAAUUCAGAUGAAAACACUAUUGGGAGAAACAGUGGAAUCUUCUGGGCACUUUUACAGUCCAGCUUGUUUUUUGGAAAUCUUUAUAUAUACUUUGCUUGGCGUGGGAAAACUCACAUAUCAGAGAGUGAUCGCAGGACUGUCUUCAUUGCUCUAACCGUCCUCAGUCUCGUGGGCACAUUUCUGUUCUUUCUGAUUAGGAAACCAGAGGAGUCAAACACACUGGAGGAAGAAGUCUCCGCCACUGACGAAAGCAUUGUAGACAACUCGUCUGUCCAAAGCAAAGCGACAAGGGCAGUGGAUGCAUUUAAGAGCUCUAUUAAGCUAUACUUCACCAAAGAGAUUUUGCUCCUUAGUGUUACAACGGCUUAUACAGGUCUGGAAUUAACAUUCUUUUCUGGAGUAUAUGGGACCUGUAUUGGUGCUGUGAAUAGAUUUGGCACUGAAGAGAAAAGUCUUAUUGGACUCUCUGGUAUUUUUAUUGGCAUUGGAGAAAUUUUAGGUGGAGGAUUCUUUGGCUUAGUGAACAAAGAUAAUCGCUUUGGCAGGAACCCAGUUGUGAUGCUUGGCAUUGUGGUCCAUUUUGUAGCCUUUUAUUUAAUUUUUUACAACAUACCAAAUGAUGCCCCCAUUGCUUCCUUCGAAGGAACAGAUAAUAGCGCUUAUAUGAAUCCAAGCAAAGAGUUGGCCAUUUUUUGCAGCUUUCUGUUGGGACUAGGAGACAGCUGCUUUAACACCCAACUCCUCAGUAUUUUGGGGUUCCUUUAUUCAGAAGACAGUGCACCUGCCUUUGCUGUCUUCAAGUUUGUCCAGUCCAUCUGUGCUGCAGUUGCAUUUUUCUACAGCAACUACCUUCUUCUUCAGUGGCAGCUCCUGAUCAUGGCAGUGGUUGGGUUCUUUGGAACAAUCUCCUUCUUUACUGUGGAGUGGGAAGCAGCAGCAUUUGUCGCCCGUGGCUCUGACUACAGGAGCAUUUGA